AUGAAGGGGAAUCGGAAGGGGGAUGGUGAUUUAAAUAAUGCUCAACACGUUUUAGAAAUUAUAUUAAGAGAGGAUGUGUCGACGUAUGUUUUUGUUGACAGGACCACUGAAGCGGUGAAGUGUUACCUCGACAUGGGGAAAGAGCACGGUAUGAAUAAGGGCCAACCUCAAAUAGCUCGGAGAGACCUCCGAGCUCGAAUUAGAGAGAGACCUCAUAGGGUCGAGGUCGAGGAGUCGACGACGACAUACUCAUGGCAAGAAGGUAACAUGGUCGGGAUUGUGGCAAGAGUCCUUGCCGACCACGUUCAGGCGAACGCCUUCACCGUGAAGGAGAGAGCGAAUAGAGUCGUCACCGGUCCGAGCAAGGAUUUCAAAUCGGGCCAAGGGGCCGCGGGCGUGAUCCAAGGGCCCAACAGGGAGUUACUAGAGGACGAACGCAAGAAGCAGAUAUAUCGAAACUUUUGA